AUGGAUCGGCAUGAUCAACGCCAUCACCUCUGCCACACAUCAGAAAAUUCGGUACCCAAUCCCUGGGGGCGGUGUUGGACAAAUCAACAGCGAUCAGGCAAUGGCGAGGAAAUGCUCCGCCCAAGGGCUGAAGAAAAGCAAGCAAGCGCAGUUCCUCCCAGUAAGCCAGGCAGAUCUGAAGGAGGUGGAACAAUCGAACCUUGCUAUCUUAUAGCAAUCAAAGCGUCAGGACCAAGCCGAGGAAAUCCGUCCAGAGGUCUUUCUGAAGAAGGAUGGAAGCCCGAGGAGGACAUCGAGUUAAUACCCUUGGAUCCUGACCAGCCAGACAAAAAAGCGCGGAUCGGCUCGCGCCUAAGCCCAGACGAGAAGGUGGAACUUACCACUUUCCUCCAGAACAACAAAGAUAUGUUCGCAUGGUCGCCGUCAGACAUGCCUGGUAUCGACCCGAACAUCAUAUGUCACCGACUCCACGUCAACCCUGCCUGCAAACCAGUGGCGCAGAAGAGGCGCAACUUCGCACCCGAGCGGGUCGCCAUCAUCGAAGCCGAGAUUGAUAAACUCCUAGCCGCCGGCUUCAUUGAAGAGGUCUCCUACUCGGAGUGGCUCGCUAAUGUUGUUCUAGUGGCAAAACAAGAGAAGGGAAAGUGGAGAGUUGCGUCGAUUACACCGACCUCAACAAAGCGUGCCCAAAAGACAACUUUCCCAUUGCCAAGAAUCGACCAACUAGUGGAUUCCACUUCUGGCAAUCAGCUACUCAGCUUCAUGGACGCCUACUCCGGCUACAACCAAAUCUUGAUGCACGAGGAUGACAAGGCGAAAACUUCUUUCAUCAUCGAGAGAGGGACCUACUGCUACAAGGUCAUGCCUUUUGGGCUGAAAAACGCCGGAGCAACCUACCAAAGACUGGUGAACAAAAUCUUCAAGGAGCAGAUCGGCAAAACUAUGGAGGUGUACGUGGACGACAUGCUGGUCAAGGCCCCAAAACGUGCAGAUCACCUCAAAAACCUCGCUGAGGCAUUCAGCCUGCUCCGCCAGUAUCGCAUGAAGUUGAACCCAAGUAAAUGCACAUUUGGUGUAUCCUCCGGCCGAUUCUUGGGAUACUUAGUCACACAACGAGGUAUCGAGGCACACCCACGUCAGAUCAAAGCUAUUCUAGAGAUGAAGUCGCCUUCCACAGUGAAGGAAAUACAAAGUCUGACGGGCAGAGCAGCGGCCCUCAACCGGUUCCUCUCAAGAUCAACCGACAAGUGCAAACCAUUCUUCAAAGCUUUGAAGAAAGGACAAAGAGACAAAUGGGAUGAGGAGUGCGAAGUAGCUUUCCAGAGUCUCAAGGCUUAUCUCACUUCACCUCCCCUGCUUUCAAAGCCAGUCCCUGGUGAGGACUUGUUCGUGUACCUGGCAGUGUCCAACUCAGCUGUCAGCUCAGCUCUCAUCAGAGAAGAGCUGGGGGCCCAACAUCCGGUAUUCUACACGUCAAAAGCUCUCCUCGAUGCAGAGACUCGUUACCCAAAAUUGGAGAAACUCAUUUUGGCUCUUGUAGUUUCUGCGAGAAAGCUACGACCCUACUACCAAGCUCAUCGAGUCAUCGUCAUGACCGACUUUCCUUUGAGAUCAAUCCUUCAUAGCCCUGAUGCCUCUCAACGACUCAUGAAGUGGGCUAUAGAGCUAAGCCAAUAUGACCUCAUCUACCGGCCAAAAGCUGCAAUAAAAGCCCAGGCUUUAGCUGACUUCGUAGCGGAGUUCACCCCAUCGGCCGAAGAAGAGAAAAUGGUCAACGAAAAGAAGGAAAGUUCAAAAGCAGACAGGACCCCCGCUGAACCUAGCCAACCUAGAGACACGUGGCAGUUGCGGGUAGACGGAGCGUCAAACCAGAAAGGAGCUGGAGCGGGUGUCGUCAUCAUCACCCCAGACGGAACCUUGUUGGAGCAAGCUAUCACGCUUGGAUUCCCGGCCUCGAACAACGAGGCAGAAUACGAGGCAUUGCUCGCCGGCCUGCGCUUGGCAAAGGAACUCGCAAUCAAGAAGCUAGCCAUUUACUCAGAUUCCCAGCUGAUCACGAAUCAAGCGUCAGGUGAAUACAUGGCGAAGCACCCAAGGAUGAUCUUGUACCUUGACAAAGUCCAGGAGUUGUUGAAGGCGUUUCCUACCUUCACCAUCCAACAAGUACCCCGGGCAGAGAACGCACAUGCAGAUGCGCUAGCCAGUCUAGGGUCAGCGUUGGAUACCCAGUUCAGACGCUCCAUCCCAGUCGAACACCUUGACCGGCCAAGCAUUGAAGAGGUAGAGCCAAUCAACACCAUGCGAAUUGACGAAGACCCCAGCUGGCAAGACCCCAUCAUUGACUACUUAGUGAAUGGAAACCUACCCGCGGACAAGUCCGAGGCUAGGAAGGUCCAGCAGAAGGCCGCGAGAUACUACAUGCACGACAACAAGCUCAUCCGCAGAUCAUACUCCGGCCCUCACCUUACCUGCAUAAAAUACCCUCAAACACUUGAGGUCCUCUGCAAAAUUCACGACGGCGAGUGUGGCAACCACUCUGGGGGCAGGUCACUCGCCCAGAAGGCUCUAAACAUAGGCUACUUCUGGCCUACCAUGCGCCACGACUCCGCUGAAUAUGUCAAAAAGUGUGAUCGUUGCCAACGGUACAAGCCGAUUCCUAAUUUGCCUGCCGAAGUUUAUCAUCCGCAAAACAGUCCAUGGCCAUUCAUGCAAUGGGCCAUCGACUUAGUGGGUCCCUUGCCACCGGCGCCCGCCAAGAAAGAAAUGAUGAUCGUCGCCACCGACUACUUCACUAAAUGGAUCGAGGCUGAAGCUCUAUCCUCUACUAAAGAAGCCGAUGUGGAGCGAUUCAUCUGGAGAAACAUCAUAUGCCGAUUUGGCUGCCCACAAUCGCUGGUCACUGAUAAUGGCUCACAGUUCAUUGGCAAGCAUAUCACCGCCUUCUUUGCGAAAUACAAGAUCAAACAACACCUGUCAACUCCGAGGUAUCCACAAGGAAAUGGGCAGGCCGAGGCAUCCAACAAAGUCAUAUUGGACUGCUUGAAGAAGAGGCUAGAAGGCGCCGAAGGAAAAUGGGUGGAUGAACUCCCUGGAGUACUAUGGGCUUAUCGCACCACCAAGCGAAGGUCAACUGGUGAAACCCCAUUCUCCCUCGCCUAUGGGACGGAAGCAAUCAUCCCUCCUCACAUCACAGUCCCCUCUAUAAACCUCGAGGUGGGCAGUGUUGACCAGAACUCCAAGCAAAUGAGGCUCAACCUUGACCUACUUGAGGGCGAACGUGAGAAGACCAUUAUCCGAGUCGCCUCCUACCAGCAGCAGUUGAAGUCGUACUACGACAAAAGAGCUAAGGUCAGACAGUUUCAACCAGGCGACCUCGUGCUAAGAAAGGCUUUCAUCACCGCACCAAGACAAGGGUCGAAAAAGAUGAAUCCCAACUGGGAAGGCCCUUAUGUGAUCAGCCGGUCCGGGGGCAGAGGAAGCUACACAUUGGACACCAUGGAUGGGAAGCAAAUACCACGACAAUGGAAUGUUCACCAUCUCCGAAAUUUCUCAUUCCAAAAUGUCUUAUCUGCCUACAAAACACAAGCAGUUGCCCAUAAGCAGCGUCCUAAGGGAGACGCAGGGCGACGACCAAAGCGUCCUUCGGGAGACGCAGCCCGUAAAAAGCGUCCUAAGGGAGACGCAGGGUGCGCCAGGAAUUUCUUAAAAGGAGGUCUCCAUGCCUUCUGCGGGAAGUAUCCAGGUUCCUAUCCGUUUCCUAAGGGAGGCAGGAUAGACACGCAGUUGCCCAUAAGCAGCGUCCUAAGGGAGACGCAGGGCGACGACCAAAGCGUCCUUCGGGAGACGCAGCCCGUAAAAAGCGUCCUAAGGGAGACGCAGGGUGCGCCAGGAAUUUCUUAA